ACCGGCACCCGCGUGCAGCAUGGGGCGGCCCCGAGGCUCCUGGCCGCUGCUCCCGCCGCUGCUCCUGCUGCUGCUCGCGCCGUCGGGAUCGGACGCCGGGUCGGGCCAGCCGCCAAACCUAGUCUUCGUGCUGGCCGACGACCUGGGCUGGAACGACGUGGGCUUCCACGGCUCGGAUCUCCGCACGCCGCACCUGGACGCGCUGGCGGCCGGCGGGGUGCGCUUGGACAACUACUACACGCAGCCGCUGUGCACGCCGUCGCGGAGCCAGCUGCUCACCGGUCGCUACCAGAUCCACACAGGUUUACAGCAUCAGAUAAUCUGGCCCUGUCAGCCCAGCUGUGUUCCUCUGGAUGAAAAGCUCCUGCCCGAGCUCCUAAAGGAAGCAGGCUAUGCUACCCACAUGGUGGGGAAGUGGCACCUGGGAAUGUACCGAAAAGAAUGCCUUCCCACCCGCCGAGGAUUUGACACCUACUUUGGGUAUCUCCUAGGUAGUGAAGAUUACUACUCCCACGAGCACUGUGUGUUCAUUGAGGCUUUGAAUGUCACGCGAUGUGCUCUUGAUUUUCGAGAUGGUGAAGAAGUUGCAACACAGUAUAAAAACAUGUAUUCAGCACACAUCUUUACCCGCAGGGCUACAUCCCUCAUAGCUAACCAUCCCCCAGAGAAGCCUCUGUUUCUCUACCUGGCUUUGCAGUCUGUCCACGAGCCCCUUCAGGUCCCAGAGGAGUACCUGAAGCCCUAUGAGUUUAUCCACGAUAAGAACCGGCGUCUUUAUGCAGGAAUGGUGUCCCUCAUGGAUGAAGCAGUAGGAAAUGUCACAGCGGCCUUAAGAAGUCACGGGCUCUGGAACAACACGGUGUUCAUCUUCUCCACAGACAACGGAGGGCAGACCCUGGCUGGAGGCAACAACUGGCCCCUUCGAGGCAGAAAAUGGACCCUGUGGGAAGGAGGGAUCCGAGGGGUGGGCUUCGUUGCAAGCCCCUUGCUGAAGCAGAAGGGCAUGAGGAACCGGGAGCUCAUCCACAUCUCCGACUGGCUGCCAACGCUGGUGAGGCUGGCGGGGGGCCGCACUCACGGCACCAAGCCCCUGGAUGGCUUCGACGUGUGGAAAACCAUCAGUGAAGGAAGCCCGUCCCCCAGAGUGGAGCUGCUGCACAACAUCGACCCCUACUUUGUGGACCCCUCCCCAUGUCCCAGAAAUAGUGCGGCUCCAGCAAAAGAUGAUUCUUCUCUUCUAGAAUAUUCAUCCUUUAACACGUCUGUCCAUGCUGCAAUCAGACACAGAAAUUGGAAACUCCUCACGGGCUUCCCAGGCUGUGGAUCCUGGUUCCCCCCACCAUCUGAAUAUGGUAUUUCUGAGGUGCAUUCAUCAGACCACCCAGCCAAGACCCUGUGGCUCUUUGAUAUUGACCAGGACCCGGAAGAAAGGCACGACCUGUCUGGAGAACACCCCCACCUCGUCAGGCAGCUCCUGGGCCGGCUGCAGUUCUAUCAGAAACAUUCAGUGCCUGUGCAUUAUCCAGAGCAGGACCCCCGCUGUGACCCCAAGGCCACUGGUGCCUGGGGCCCCUGGAUGUAAGACUUCAGGGAGGCAGGAUUGUCUUUCUGUCACAGGCUGGACUUCAGGCUCUGACUUCUGUGGCCUCUCAGCCCGUUUAUUCUCUCCCUAUUCAACCCCUUCCCCUUUGGCCCUUCUCUUGUUCCCAGACUACACCAGGGAGUCUACUUUCAACCCCUGGUUCUCAGACCAUGACUGCUUGAACACUGGCGCUGCUGACCCAGGCUGAGUCUGCAGGCGGGUGGCUGGCUCGCUCAUCCCCUCUUCCCAGCUGUGGGACAGCUGGGGACUUGACAUUGGACGUUCUCCUUCAGUCCUGGGGGCUAGAGCAGCUGGCUCUUUUUACCUCAUAAGUCAGAUGUUACAGCUCCCUCUGCCAACAGCGGGUUUUAUUGGAGUGACUCACAUUUCUUGUAACAAAUGUAGGGAGCAGUUGUUGGGUUUGCUGGCCAGGGGUUCUCCCACUGGCAAGGGGUAAUGGCCCCCUCAACUUACCCCUCACCCACGUAUCUCAUCGCAGAGUGGAAGGCCCAUUUCUUAAAGGCCAGUGUGGCUAUGUGCCAACAUCUUGGUUUGCGUUCUUACAAUAAAGAAAUGUGUUUUUAUCUGAGUUUUUCCCCAGCCAUUGCUCAUUCUGUCUAGACUUCCCGCCACCCCCAGCUCCCUGAGGCUGUCGUCUUGCCAUUCCCCUUGACUCCAGCGUCUGGUGUUGGGGAAGGCUGCCUUGCCUCCCCACACCAAGCAGUUGCUGAGCUGAGCCCUGGCUUCUCUUGGUCCUAAUGUAGAAGCCACAACACUGCCCGGAGAAUGUGGCUGGGUCACUGUGAUCACACCCUGGAGGGCCCCAGGAGCCCUGGAGGGCUGGGGGGCACCUGGAUCUGUCCUGGAUCUGCCCAGCGAGGUUUUUCCUAAAUUGAUGAAAACUCACCAUCGUGACCGUGGCACCCUCUCCUCACUCAGUGUCAGCUGCACUCUAUUCUGGGCAUUAAUGAACAACCCCAGGAAGGGCCAUUUCUUCCUGAAAUAAGGGGGACACUUGGCCGGGGUACAGCAGAGGUUUGCCUCCGUGUCUGUCAGUCUCUGCCUGAAUUAGGGACCUGCAGUUAGGGAAAGCGUAUGUACAGUUGAACCUGCAGUCCUUUCUGAGGCCCACCAACAUCCUGCUAAGGUGGGGAGUUCAGAUUAGCUGCAGAGUGUCACACUCAGAGAAAGUAAACACUAUGCUUUCUCCACUAGUUCUGUGGCUUAGCUCACUGCUUAUCCGUGCUGGGGCCCACAUGUAGGACACAGAGGACAGCACAUGUUUUAAAAUAAAUGAAUGAGCAAAUGAGCAAGGAGAAAAGCUCCCACCAGGAGAGCUGCUCAGACGGGGCCCUGAAUACAUGGGUAACAUCAUUGUCUUCCAAAUACUGCUGCCCUGUUCACUGUCGUGUAGCUGGGCAGUCAUAGAACGUGCAGAAGUAGGGCUACUGUGUCCUCUCCACAGGACAGAAGGGAGCUGGCCCUGACAAGAGGCUCUCCUGUCAAUGAGCUUCAUUUCUACUCUUCAUAGGACACCAGAAACUAAUACCACAAAAUAGUAGGAUUCACAUCCUAAUCACAUAGUCAUCUUUGGGUUCAGUCGUGCUGUUGCCUGGUCACAGUCACCUUGCAUUAUACUGAAACAAGACCACUGGAAGGAAAUGGUGCUAGAACUAGUGACAUCUGUUCCAGCCUUAGCCCAGCUGCUGAGUUGGCAGACAGCUUGGCAAAUGCCAUCUCAUUCUAAGGCCUGGAGCAGAUAGAAGGGGCUAACUUGAGCCUGGUUGUCCUGUUUUCUUUCCAUUAGUGUUCCCAUUGUUAGUAUUCUAAGACUGGAGGUCACCACCAGCGGACACCUGUUGGCUCUCCCUGCUGUGCCCUCCACAGCUGUCCCCAAUUCCUUGGUUGUCCUUAAUUGCUGUGUACACUGGGCAUGUUCCACGUUCAGUGGAUUUAGAGUUCUAAAUAGCAAUUUUGUUUUUACAACUAUAUAUUGAGGUUGUA